AAAUAUUCAAAAUGAUUAAUAUGGGUUUAAAAAUGUUGUUUUCUAUUUCUUUCUUUCAAUGGGUUUUAUUCGUUCAAUCUAUGGAACCAUUUGUUUAUGACGUCAACCUUGCAGGAGCCAUUGGAGAUGGAGAGAGUGAUGAUACAGAGGCCUUCAAGAAUGCAUGGAAUGUUGUCUGUAGUUCGCAUAUCUCUUCAGGGAUAUUUCGUGUUCCUUAUGGACAAAAGUUUUUGCUGCAACCCUUGACUUUUAAUGGUGAAUGUCGACCAAGAAACAUUACUUUUCAGAUUGAUGGCAUACUCAUUGCCCCAAGUGAUCCAUCUUCAUGGAAAUGCAAAGAAACAAACUGUAACAAUUGGAUAACCUUUCAACAUUUCGAUGGCCUCAUCAUUCAAGGAACUGGAAGCCUCCAUGGCCAAGGACAAAAAUGGUGGCAAAUGGGUUGCAUGCAUAAUAAAGUGGGUUUUGCCAUCUUAGACUCUAAGAAUGUGCAUAUUAGUGGCUUAACUUCCGUGGACAGUCGAAAAUGGCAUAUUUCAAUUGAAAGAUCUUCAUCCGUUCAUGCUUCUAAACUCAAUAUCAAAGCUCCAAAAGAUAGUCCCAACACCGAUGGCAUUCGUAUCCAACAUUCCACCAAUGUUACCAUAGCCUCCUCAAUCAUUAAGACUGGUUAUGAUUGUAUAGGAAUUGGAGACGGGUCAAAAUAUAUUAACAUUAAUCGGAUUUUUGUGGUCCGGUCAUGGAAUUAG